AUGGAAACGCUUCAAAAGUUCCGGGAUGGGUUACUCGACCUCAUUAUAACCACUGACGCACUGGAGGAAGGAAUAGAUAUACCGGCGUGCAACACAGUCCUGAACUUCAACUGUACCUUGAAUUUAAAAUCAUUCAUUCAGCGUCGGGGGCGCGCACGGAGAGAGCAUUCUAAAUUCAUCAUCAUCCUUCGAGAUCAAGAGGACUUAGAAAAUGUGUUCCACCUGGAGUCUCUGGAGCGUGAGCUGGUUAGAAAACUUCAGGAUGACGGAAGGACAGUCGCGCCAGACAACUCGAAAGAUGAUGAACAGCUCAGAGACCAGUUAGUUUUCAGGUCUUCCACAGGAGCCCAAAUGACAAUGGGAAAUUCCAUUAGCCACCUGUAUAGGUUCUGCUCGGAAUUGCCAGCACAACUGUUUGUGAGCAACAACCCUGUAUUUAGCUGUGAGAUGGACGAGUGCGGCCAGGCACAGGCGGUUGUCAGGUUACCCAGCAACCUUGACGCAUCUCUUCAGACCUUCAAAAGUCUCAGGAAAUGGGCGAGGAAAAGGUGGGCAAAGGAAGAUGCAGCCCUGCAAGCAUACAAAGGCUUGUUCCACGCUGGGCUCAUCAAUGAUCACCUUCUACCAUUGCGAGUGUCAGACAUUAUUGAAAAGACUAUCCCGCCAAGGUCGCACUACCUCAUACCUGGGCAGCUAGACCCUUGGCAUGAUGUUGCUUUACUCUGGUCUCGAAGAGGGGAGCUCUUUCGUCAUGAGCUUCGCAUUGUUAGACCACAGAAAGAGGACAUUGAACUUUUCAUGAUUCUCCCAGUCCCACUGAAGAUGGAUAUGCGUAUUCCAUUGUUUCUAAGUUCCAACACGGAGUAUACGGCAGUCGUCAGCUCGGCUAGGGCAAUUUCCACGGACAUUUCGAUAUGUCAACAGGUGACACGUUUAAUUCUACAGUCCGUACAUCAAGGCCACGGGCCCCAAUCAAACGCAGAUUAUGUUAACAUAAUUGUCCCAAACAUGGAUCCCGUUGGGAUGUCUGAUUUCCUCGAGGCUCAUUCAGGAAGGACAAGCCUGGCCGUGUGCUUACAGCAGCGCCGAACUGUGCCCGGUUCGAUCGGCCUCUUGCGCCAUGUUACAAAGGCCUGUCGUCCACUUUGUAUCGAAGUCAUAGAAGGACACGAGAACCAGGGCCCUCAUAAAGAUGGGGCAACCCUACCAAUUAGAGGCAAGAUACAUCAAUUGACUCGACGUCGCAACUUUCUCAAUGAGCUAAAGACGGUAACAUCCACACCGACAGAUAAGUUGCAAUCCACAAGUUUGGUCGGACAGGGAUUGAGCGAGUUGGCAGCUGAAGAUUAUUUGGUAGAUCGGCUGCCGUCUAUCUAUGCUGAAGCUGCCCUGCUAGCUCCGAGCAUAUUUCACCAGAUUGGAGUAUAUCUGAUCGCGGAACGAUUAAGGAAAGAGAUCUUUUCAAACCCCCAAGCAGCUCGUUUUGAACGAAUGGACUUGCUAUGCAUUGCCCUCAGCCCAACCGAUGAUGCGCAUCGGCCCGAGUUUCGCUCUAUGGCGUUUAUCGGGGAUGCGAUCGCAAAGUUCCUCAUAACGAGACAGCUAUUUCUGCAUCAUACUCUGUGGCACGAGGGUCUUUUGACCAGCAUGAAGGAUUCCAUUGAGUCAGAUACAGGGCUCGCAACGGCAAUUUGCCACUCUGGGUUUGGACCCUACCUGAUAACUACACGGUUCAACGGGAAACGGUGGCGGCCAGCUUUCGUAUCAACAACAUUGUCAAAACCCAGUCGAAACAGUCGGAGGCAGGUUGGUGCCGCUACUGUUGCUGAUAUGGCCAAAGCGUUGGCAGGUGCUGCCUAUCUGGACAACGGACUGGAUCAAGCAUUUAUAUGUGUAGCAGCAAUGAUCCCCAAGAUCAAAUCCUGGACUACGAUGUCUCUCUACGAUGGCACUUAUUCUAAGUCUCGGCCAUCCAAGUCACUGGGUGCCACAACCAUCGUAGACCUAGAGGGGCUCCUGGGAUACACUUUUUCAGAUACGAGUUUGGCAAUAGAAUCAAUGACACACCCGUCCUGUGUGGGACUCUACGGAACAACAUCAUAUCGACGUCUGUCAUUUCUUGGGGCUAGCAUUAUUGAGUUGGUAGUUGUCAGGUACUUACAUCGACAGAAGAGCUUUAUCAACUCUAAAAGGCUGCAAUCUUUAAAGUCAGCCGUUACAAACAAUAUGUUUCUCACCUUUAUUUGUCUCACAUUCUAUUGGGAGAAGGAGCACGAUACUAUUGAGGUUGAUAGUAUGGGCACCCCCAGGGUCAUUCGGACUAGAGACCGAGUGUUGCUUUAUAACUUUUUACGCUCACAAAGUAAGACUCUCUCUGCCAAGGUAUCUAGUCUGGAGGGCACUUUCACCAGUCACCUGCACAUCGUCAAGGGAGAUCUAUGGGAAAGAGGAAUAUACCCCUGGGCAGGAUUGAGUGCCUUUCGGGACCUCAAAGUGCUCUCUGAUAUUGUUCAGAGUGUUUUCGGUGCCAUAUAUAUCGACUCUUUGGCUAGCUUGCAGAAUUGUGAGACUCUAGCUGAAAGAAUGGGCAUUCUGCCACUUCUUGAGCAUUUUAUAUCCCACAAUGUGGUGACAGACCAUCCCAAACGGCCAGCUCCUACCCAAAUGCAGAAUGUCUAG